AUGGUCUCAACUGGCAAUACAGUGUCUGUGUUUCGCACAACAAUGAAGGCCAUAUUUGGUCGUCGAAGGGAUUCAAAUAACUCACCACUAACCACGACAACCACGUCAUCCCCAGCUCCUACCCCAAAUGUAACCUUAAAUCGGCGAUUUUCAAGUUUGCAACCAACUUCUCAAUCACGAGGAGCGACGAAUAAUGACAUCAGUAAUGUGCCACCACUUUUGAGACACCACUCCUAUACGCUUCCGGAGUUCAACGGCAGUCUGUUAUGCACUGAGGAGGAAGAAAAUGAAGAAGAGAAAUGUACAAAUGUUGCAGCUAGUGACCUCCCCAACAGUUACACAAGAAACAUAAUUAUUACACGUAGGUUGCUUGAUGUGAUGUUUCCCAUGAACAGGUUACCAAAUUCGGAUUGCCCUCCAUUUCGGAAAAGUCAAUGGCAAUUGGUGUUAAAUCCCAGGUGGACUGAAUAUGUUCUCAUUUAUGCAAGACUUGAAUAUGGAUUAUCAAUUCUAACUCAAUUAAUCAAUGAGUUAAAACCAUAUAUCGACUACUAUCACAUACUUGAUCUUAAUCAAGGUAUCCUCUUGCAUUUCAAAAACAUGAGAUACCAAUAUUGGAUAUUGCAUCUAGUUAAUCCAGUUAUCGGAAUUCAACUUGUUAUGUCCUCACCCACUUGGUUUCAUACCGUCACAAAUUAUGAUAUAAUUAGUGCCUCAAGAGAGUAUAAUCUUCAAAUGGUGAAAUAUGAAAAGCUCCCAUUGACCAGGGUCCAAAGACAAGUGAUAAAGGUGUAUGGAAUUUCUCUGUUUGUGCCAAAGAAGUUAUUGAUCGAAGAAUUUCGCAAGUUGGGUAAAUUAAUAUCCUUCAAUUUUGCACCUACUGGGCCCUUGACUAGGUUUCAUGUCGUCAAACUACAAUAUUCAAAAGAAGAUGAUAAGGAGAGAAUCUCGGAGGAAAUAAAGAAAAAUGUCGGUGAUAUGAAAUGUAAGCUUGUAUUGAAAGUUGGCAUCAAACGAACGAAAAUUCAAAAAGCAAUCUAA